UUCAUAUUACAUUCAAUGUUUACUUUUACUUCUGUCAAAAUUAUUCACUCUCAAACGUUUGUUUUCUUUUUCUAUUAAUAAUAAUAAUAUAAUCCUUAUAAAAAAAAAUGGAUAAUUUAAUAGAUAUGGAUUUAUAUAAAAUAAUCGGUGUCGAAUCAACAGCGACUGAAAAGGAGAUUCAAAAAGCGUUUCGUAAAAAAUCACUUGUUUGCCAUCCGGAUAAAAAUCCAAAUAAUCCAAAUGCUGCGGCAUUAUUUAUCGAGUUGAAAGCUGCAUUAUUAAUAUUAACUGACACAGCAUCGAGGGCAAGGUACGAUAAAAUAGUAAAUGCAAAACUUCAAGCGAAACUUCGGGCAAAAGCGGGUGACGCGAAACGACAAAAACUUAUCAAUGAUUUGGAAUAUCGCGAAGCAGCGGCACGAAAUGGUACACCAAUUAAUGAAGAACAAAGGUUUAAGGCAACUGUCGAGCGUGUGGAGCAAGAGAAUUUGGAACAAAUGCAAAAAGAAUUGGAACGAAUGAGACAACAAGUAAUUGAUGAAUUAAAUAAAAAUGCAAAAAACGAUGAGAAUCUUUGUAGAAUUAAAAUAAAAUGGAAAGAUGAUAAAAAUAAUUCUACAAAUAUUAAUUACGACUAUUCAACGCUUCAUAAAAUAUUAUCAAAGUACGGACAAAUAUCAGCACUUGUUUUAUCGGGGAAAAAAGGAAGAGCAAUGGUACAAUAUUUAGAUUCGGACACAGCGAAAUUGGCUGCCGAAACUGAGACUGGCCUAUCGGGAAAUCCAUUAAUUUUAAAAGGUCUUUGGAAUCCAAAUAAUUCAACGCAAUCAAAUAGUAUCAAUCAAGAAUCAAAUAAAACUAUUCAAAAAUCAUCGGAAACAUUAAAAAAUGUUGGACAAUCAUCAAUGACAAUUGAUUUUGAAGAAAUGGUUCUUGCAAAUUUACGAAAAGCCGAAGAACGCAAACGACAAACAAAUUUAUCUCCUUCAAAUAAAUUUGAAACUAAAAUUAACUGACAAUAAUUAUUACUAUUAUUAUUAUAAUUCUGUAAAUAAUUUAAAAUUAUAUGAUAAAUUUA